AUGAAAGAAGAACACCAUAUUGAUAAAUUCACAGACGAAUCCUUUUUUCGUCUUCAUGAUUUAGCAAACAAAGGAUACUGGACCGAUCGUGAUAUCCUUACUCUUUACGGUAUUUAUAAUAAUGAUGAUGUUCCGAUCUUCAAAAAGAAUGAAAUUUUGGUUGACGUUCUAAAGAAAACUGAUGCUUCGCAAAAUCGAUAUGUCACUUUGGACGAAUUCUUAGACUUUCGUAAGAAUGGAGGUGAGCUUACUGACUUUGGUUUUCCUGGACAUCAUGGAGAUGAAGAAGAAGAGUUUGAAAUGCAUCACGUAGAGAAGUACCAUCCUGCCGGUCUCGAUGAACCUGACGAAAACUGGAAUCAUCCCGAGGAUAUUGAACAUUUCCAAAAGCAUGAUGAACUUUUUCACGGCGAAAAACGACCUGAAGAGAGACGUAAGCAUUAUUUGAAGCCAAACAACAUCCCAACCAAGUUCCGCCGAGUAACCAUUCAAAUAUAA